GAGGGCCGGCGGCGCGGCGGGCGGCGCGGGCCGGGCCGCGGCGGCCGCACUACAAGUCCCGUGAGGCGGCGCGGCGCGGGCCGGGCCGGCUCCCUGCGCGGCGGGUGAGGCUGCGUCCGCGGCGAGGCCAGGCGAGGCGAUGCCGGCGGCGGGCUCGGAGGGGGAGGAGGGCCCGGCGGGGGCCGGCGGCGGCACCCCCAAGCUGUGCGGGUACCUGCAGAAGCUGUCGGGCAAGGGGCCCCUGCGCGGUUUCCGCAGCCGCUGGUUCGUCUUCGACCCCCGCCGCUGCUACCUCUACUACUUCAAGGGGCCGCAGGAGGCGCUGCCCCUCGGGCGCAUCGACAUCGCCUCCGCCUGCUUCAGCUACCAUCAGCCCGAGGCCGCCGCCGCCGCCGCCGCGGGGGACGAGGGCGCCGCCUUCGAGGUGCACAGCCCCAACGGCGCCGUCGCCGUGCUCAAGGCUGCAACUCGUCAGGAUAUGACAUACUGGCUUCAGGAACUUCAACAGAAGAGGUGGGAAUAUUGUAACAACCUUGACGCAGCAAAAAGGGACAGCCGAACUUCCCCAACACCAAGUGACUUUUCCAAAGGUCUUGUUGCCAAAGACAACCCUGAUUUGAGUAUCCUAAGUCAAAAUGCUUCAGCAGAGAGAGCUAGAAAUAUUCUAGCUGUGGAGACUUCUCCUACAGACCUGGUGGGGGAACAAGCAGCUUCCCAACCUGCACCAGUCCAACCAAGUGCCAUCAAUUUCUCGCUUAAACAAUGGAGUACCGAAAUCAAAAAUUCAAUGUCCUCUUUAAGAAAAGGAAAUAACGAAAACCGUAAGAGCAUAUUUUAUACCACCGAAGAGUGGGAAUUGCUGGAUCCAACCCCAAAAGACUUGGAGGACUCGAUGGCACUGGAAGAAAAGAGGAAACACUUGGCAGAAGGAAGUAAAGGACUGACUAGUUCAGCUUUUCCAUUCGAUUUUGGCCGCAUUCCACACAAAACAAGGCGUCCAUUAAAAGACAUGAUUGGAUCAAGCAAAAACCGGAACAGCAGUGACUCUUCUCCAACUGAGUGGUAUGCUGGUAAUGGCAACAAACUAGUCUCUGAACUGCAGCUGAAGUAUCAAAGCCAGCAAGAAGAGUUGGAAAAGCUGAAGAAAGAUCUUUUGAGCCAAAAGGAACUUGUGCGACUUCUGCAGCAAACAGUCCGAUCUUCCCAAUAUGAUAAAUAUUUUGCAAGCCGUCUUUGUGAGGGGGUUCCCAAAGAAAAGUUAGAGCUGUUGCACCAAAAAGAUGACCAGAUUUUGGGUCUCAACAACCAGCUUGAAAAGUUAAAUCUGGAAAAAGAUAGUCUCCAACAGGAAGUAAAGAAUCUGAAAUGUAAAGUUGGAGAACUCAAUGAGCAGCUGGGUAUGUUGAUGGAAACUAUUCAAGCUAAAGAUGAAGUGAUCAUGAAACUUUCUCGUCAACUCAGCGAAUGUGAGGACAAUACAUCCUCUCAAAGUGGAGCAGUAAAUUCUUCCAUGGCCACCUGUACUAAUAAGGAACUACAGGAACUGGACAGACUAAAAGACAAUCUUCAGGGUUAUAAGACCCAGAAUAAAUUUUUAAAUAAGGAGAUUUUGGAACUUUCUGCUCUACGAAGAAAUGCAGAAGCAAGAGAGAGAGAAUGGCAGGCAAAGUAUACUAGCUUGGAAGCCAAACUCUGUCAGAUAGAAAGUAAAUACUUGAUCUUGCUUCAAGAAAUGAAAACUCCUGUUUGUUCGGAGGAGCAGAGUCCUGCUCGUGAGGUUAUCACACAGUUACUGGAAGAUGCCUUGAAAGCAGAAACAAGUGAACAACCAGAACAAGCGUUUUUCAAACCACACCUGGUCAGUGAAUAUGAUAUAUAUGGUUUUCAGACGGUCCCAGAGGAUGAUGAUGAGGAAAAACUAGUAGCAAAAUCACGAGCUUUGGACCUGAGAUCGCUUUCUCUCAGUGAAAAUCGAGAGAUCUCCACAGGAGUAAAAUGGGAAAACUAUCUUGCAAGCACAAUGAAUAGAGAGAUGAUGCGCUGUAUAGAACUAAAGAAUCUUAUUCGAUCGGGAAUUCCACAUGAACAUCGUUCCAAGAUGUGGAAAUGGUGUGUCAAUCUGCAUGUUAAAAAAUUCAAGGACAGCACUGUUCCUGGGUACUUCCAAACCUUGCUUCAAAAUGCUCUGGAAAAACAAAAUCCUGCAUCUAAACAAAUUGAGUUGGAUCUCUUGAGAACUUUGCCAAACAACAAACAUUAUUCCUCCCCAACAUCUGAAGGGAUCCAGAAGCUGCGAAAUGUGCUGCUGGCAUUUUCAUGGAGAAAUCCUGAUAUAGGAUAUUGCCAAGGGCUCAACAGAUUGGUAGCGAUUGCACUUCUGUACUUGGAACAGGAAGAUGCUUUUUGGUGUCUAGUAACAAUAGUGGAAGUUUUCAUGCCUCGUGAUUAUUAUACUAAGACACUGCUAGGAUCUCAGGUUGAUCAGCGAGUAUUCAAGGAUUUAAUGAGUGAGAAGCUUCCACGACUGCAUGCUCAUUUUGAACAAUACAAAGUUGAUUAUACUCUUAUAACUUUCAACUGGUUUCUUGUGGUAUUUGUGGACAGUGUGGUUAGCGACAUCCUUUUUAAAAUCUGGGACUCCUUCCUAUAUGAGGGACCAAAGGUAAUAUUCCGAUUUGCCCUGGCACUUUUUAAAUACAAAGAAGAGGAGAUCUUAAAACUGCAAGAUUCAAUGUCCAUUUUCAAGUACCUUCGAUAUUUCACACGCACUAUACUUGAUGCUAGGAAACUGACUGGUAUUGCUUUUGGAGACCUGAAUCCUUUUCCAUUACGUCAGAUCAGGAACCGGAGGACCUAUCACCUGGAGAAAGUGCGUCUUGAACUAACUGAACUAGAAGCCAUUCGUGAGGAUUUCCUGCGUGAACGAGAGACGUGUGUAGAAAAAAGAGACCUUAUUAGUGAUGAUGAGGAGGAUAGUUGAAACUACUCAACAUAAACUUUUCUUUGGGAUCGUGACCAAAGUGAGUUAACCUCCAAAACACUUUAUUAAUCCUGUCAAACAGAAUGUAAACUAGUUGCUUUUGGAAAUAUGCAGGACAGAUUUCCAAACCCCAGCACUUUCAGAAAUAUUGCUUUGUAUGGAGGCCAAACACUUCUGUUUACAUUUAUGUUCAUGGAAUUGUAUGUAGAGCACUUAGUAUCUGUCUCAGUUUAGUCAAUCAGCUGAAUUGCCAGUUGUUUUCUUGCAGCGCACUGUUAGUGCCUGUAUGUGAAACAGUAGUAAGAGAAGUCCACGCUUUGUUUACUACAUUUACUGCCAUUCUACCUUUUUUGGAUGUAAUCAUGUUUUUUGUAGCGCACGUUCGAUGUAGGAGGACAUUGUAUUUUUUGGUUUCAGGUUAGUUCAAUAAAUGGCUUUCAUCAUGUUGUCCUUGAAUAAACUAGGCAUUCUUCAGGUCACAAACUAGAAAAGUAUGGAAUGAAGCACAGGAAGAACUUUUACAUUCUUUUGUCUUUUCCUGAAGUGACAUGAAAUGGAUCAUCAAACAGAACACUUGAAUAUAUGCACUUAAAGUAAAGGUAAAAUAAGUACCUAUUUGUCACUGAAUGUUCAGUGUAUACUGAAACAGUGAUAUCAAACAUCAUUUAUGCUUUUCUGGGCAGCUGUGUUGAUAAAGAUUCUUGUUAAUGCAAAGUGCUUUAUAGAUUAAAUUCUGUUUAGUCAAUUUUAUUUCUAUUCACUUUUUUGAUUGCAAUGUCUCAAAAAGGCCACAACCAAAACCCAGCUAUUACGGAAAAAGAAUGGAGCUUGUCACAGGAGUACCAUGUUUUAGUAGCUAAUUAGUUGUGUAUCUGGUGGUUUUUUUGUUUUUUUUAUUUUUUAUUUUAAUGCUUCUUCCUAUUUAGGGCUUAAAAUAAGAUGACGUCUUGAUCUUUAAGAAGAAACAUAGCAUUCUUUUUGCAUGAAUGUAUAACUAUUGUACAAUAGUGGUAGCGAUAGGAUUCCUAAAACAAAUACUUAUCAAUCAAUCAAAGGAGCCAAAAGUCACAGCAUGCACACAGAAAUUCAAGAUCCUUUUCCAGCAGAAUAAUGCAAUAUUCUCUUAAUGUGCUCAACUUUGCUGUGAGUGUUGAAUGCACGUCCUACAAGACAGCUGUAAGGAAACAUUUGGGGUGUUUAGCUGUAGUGUUUCUGACUGUGGAAGUGUGAUUGGAGGCCAUUCUUUCUCAUUUGAUGACUAGCAAUACUCUUAAAUGGUUCUGAGGGCGAGGAAGGUUUCUUUCUUGCUGGCUCUUCUCUGGACUUUUGCAAUGUCCUUUCUUGGCCUGUUGGAUCUUCAGAAUGUUGGAUUAGCUUAAAUGUUGUGUCUGGAUGCAUCAUGAUAAAACUAGCAUUCAAAUACUAGGCAGCAAAUUGCUCAGCUCUGGGAAGGUGAUUAAUUGGCAAAAACCAAAACUGGUCAUCGGGAACAGUCAAGUGCAUCAAGCAUCUGCUUUGUGUGUUUUCUCUUGGUUUUCUGAGAACAAAUAGGAUUUCUUUAUCAGGUAUACUCGUGUAAUUGUUUUAGAAAACUUAAGUGUGUGCAGGGAGAAAUCCUGCUUCUGUUUCACAGCACUUUUUUUUUUUUUUUUUUUUUUGAGAAUUUAUUUGUAGCCUUCUCUAAAUAAGCAUAUUAUCACUCAAUUUAUCUGGAAGGGAAAUAUUUAAUCAGUGGUGAACAUUGUAACUUACAGGACUACUUUUGGUAUAAAAUGUAUGCUUCUUCUUAUAUGAUGUAAUUUUUAAUUAGCCAACAAAUCCUUGCCAAUGAGGGACACGUGGUAUGAUCAUCUUGAUUUGUGUGUUAUUUGUGUUCUAAAAUGUCCCCUACCUUGUCUGUUGUCAGCAGUAGUUUGGGGUUUUUUAUUCCCUAGUUACUCUUGGUUGUGUACUUGAGUUCAUUAGGCAGGUUUUUCAUAUUAUUGCAUGUACUGUAUUCUUUUUUUACUUACAAUCAGUGUUUGAAUAUAAAAAUGGGACCAGGUUUUCUAAUUUUCUAGUUAUGCUGUCUUGGUUUUGAAAGAGCUGGUCUCUAAAUCAAUCUGUAAUGUCUGCUUUUUUUUUUUUAUCUUGUUUUCAAGUUUUAAAUGAAAUCUUUCUAAGCCGAAGAUCUUCCUUCCAGUAGCAACAGUUGAUGUGUUAAGGUGAAGAAUUUAGAAGUAUGUACCUACCCUAUUCCUACAAGUCUAUUAUUCCUGGGGUUUGAGUCUUCACUAGGAACUAGUCCUAUGACUUUAGGAGAUGUUUUCAGAGUGAUUUCAUUGAAGUCUUUAUGUUGUGAAGAUAAAACUAACUUUAGGGCAACUGUUCAGGAAGUUCUCUAGCUGACAAAACAUGACCUGCAAUGUUACAGGGCCAUUUCUUUCUUACAGUUGUGCUGAGGGUUAAAUUUGUGUGUGUGUGUGUUGCUCUGUUUCAUUAUGUAAAUUGUUACCCCAUUGUACAGUAAAACUAAGUAGCUCUGUUUAUUAUGACACUAUGUGAAUGUAAUACAUGAAUGUUAGGAAGCUUAUGGAAAUCAUGUUGUCUUUGGGUAUUUUGUUAGCUUGCAAAUAUGAAAUGAGUUGAUGCUGUUACACUCAAGUUCCCAGCGAGCUGUUGGCUUCGUUUUGUUAAGCAUUGUUACUGAUGCCUUAGUUAAAACGUCAAAAAAUUGCAGAGGCAUCUAACCUCUGACCACUAGGAAGUCUACAUAGAACAAAAAUGAGAUGCAUGUAGCAGGAAGCAAUGUCAGGGGAAGCUUGCCUUGCUGUUGCAAAUGUCUUUGGCUGACUAUUAAGUUUUCUAGUGACGGUUAAUCUGGUAACUUUGAAGAGUAUUAACUAGUUAGGGACAUGCAAGAUACACAGGCAGUAUUUAAACCUGAUGAAACCAAGCAAAAAUACAGUGUGAAUCAGUGGCCUGCAAAAGCUGAACUGCGUAGAUACGAAGUGUUUGUAUUUAGGGGUAAACUUCUGAAACAGCGCAUGAGGAUUUAACAUUCAUGCCGGCUACUUAGUAGGAAAUUGACCUGUUAAAAAAUAGCCUUAGCAGUCUUUAUUGGCAUUAUCUUCAAGAUGAUGCACGUAUGUGCAAGGAGUUCCUUAUGCAUGGUUCCCAGUAUAUGUGAUGUAAACCAAACCACUAAGUUGCAUCUUGCAGAAUAUUCCUCUCUCUUCAUACACCUAUGCAUGGCUUUCCAGUGAAACUUGUGGUUACUUGUUUAAAACGUUCUAUUAUCUUCUGUUAAAUAGGCAAAAAAUUGGUGCACUAUACCUCUAGCUAUUAAAACUGCACAGUAUUUCAGCUUUACCUGUACAUGUAUACAGGUAGUCUUAUCCAGUGUUAUCAGAUUGUUUGGUGUGUUGUGUUUUUUACCAGCUAUGUAAUCAGUAAAAAAGAUUUUUUGUUGCUCUUUGGGUGUCUUCUGUGAGAGAAUCUCCCCUUCCCCUCAGUCUUUGUAAACAUGGUAAGAUAUUUCAGCAGAAAGGGAAAGAUUUUUUUUUCUUCCUUAAGACAUCAGGAAUGAAUGAAUGGUCUUAAAUUUUACAGAGUUGUAUGUUCAGUCAUGCUUAACUGAGAAAUGGAAAAUUAAUCAAUUUCAUGAAAUUAUGUAGCUGUUUAAGUGAAUGUUCCCUCAAGUGCCAUGUUAGAAAUCAGCAAUAUGCGGUACAAGAAAUUUGAAUCACAAAACGUAAGUGAUGUUAUUUUCAUAAAGAUUGAUGUAAAGAAAAAAUAAAUUGUUUACUACUAUA